CUCAGCCCGGUGAAAAAGAAAUCUAAAUAUUCCGGUAAAACAAGGAAAAUAUUUCCUUUUGUCCCUUUCCCCAACAAGUACUUAAUCUUUAAAUAGUCUCAUCAUUUUAUGUUGAGAAGUGCUUCACGAGCUUGUCAUCUUGCUAAAAAUCUGAUCUCCCUGGACUUGAGAUCGUCGUCCAGUUUACGAUUUUCUGGAUCCAUUCGGAGGAAGUUGAGACUUUCGACCACGAGUGUUGUAAACAUGGCUUCUGCCGAGCCGGACUCCACCUUGACUCCGGAGCAAAAACACCAGCUGAUUACAAGGAACCUCCAGGAAGUGAUUGGAGAUGACAGACUGAAGGUUUUACUCAAGACUCAAAACCUCAAGUUGUACUGGGGCACAGCCACCACAGGGCGCCCACACGUGGCUUACUUUGUGCCUAUGACCAAGAUUGCAGAUUUCUUACAUGCUGGCUGUGAGGUGACUAUUCUGCUGGCAGACUUACAUGCCUAUCUGGACAACUUGAAAGCACCAUGGGAAUUACUGGAGCAUCGUGUGAAGUACUAUGAAGAGCUGAUUAAGGCAAUGUUAGAGUCUAUCAAUGUCCCUCUCGAUAAGCUGAAAUUUGUUAAAGGCACAGAGUAUCAGUUAAACAAGGAUUACAUCUUAGAUGUCUUCAAAAUGACUACUAUUGCUACUGAGCAUGACUGUAAGAAGGCUGGUGCUGAAGUUGUGAAACAAGUACAACAUCCAUUACUUAGUGGCCUCCUCUAUCCUGGAUUACAGGCCCUCGAUGAGGAGUACUUGAAAGUAGAUGCACAAUUUGGAGGUGUAGACCAGAGAAAAAUAUUUACAUUUGCAGAAAAGUACCUUCCGAAUUUAGGUUAUCAAAAAAGAAUUCACCUUAUGAAUCCAAUGGUUCCUGGUCUAACUGGUGGUAAAAUGAGCUCUUCGGAGGAGGAUUCUAAAAUAGAUAUGCUGGAUAGUGCAUCUGUGGUGAAGAAAAAGGUUAAAAAAGCUUUUUGUGAGGAGGGAAACAUUGAUGACAAUGGCGUACUUGCAUUCGCCAAAUUUGUCCUUUUUCCCAUUCUGGAGCUGAAGAACCAAAAAGAAUUUGUUAUUGAGAGAUCAGAAGAGAAUGGAGGAAACCUGGUAUUUGCAGACUACAGUACACUAGAGAAAACAUUCGCUGAAAAGGACCUUCAUCCUCUUGACCUGAAGAAUGGAAUUUGUAAAUUCCUAGACCAGCUUAUGGACCCAGUGAGGAAAAAGUUUGAGCAGCCAGAGUUCCUGAAAAUUAAAAACCUUGCCUACCCUCCCCCUAAAAAGACAAAGACCAAAGGUGGUGGCAGCGCCAAUGCAGAAAGAGCUGUAGAUCCCUCCCGUUUGGAUCUCCGGGUAGGAAAAGUGGUCUCGGCGAAAAAACAUCCGGAUGCAGACGCUUUGUAUCUGGAGCAAGUGGAUGUUGGCGAAGAAGCGCCGCGUACUGUAGUCAGCGGUCUGGCAGAGUACAUUUCCCUGGAGGAUUUACAAGAUCGUAUGGUUGUGAUGCUGUGCAACCUGAAGCCCGUCAACAUGAGAGGUGUGAAAUCUGAAGCAAUGCUUUUGGCAGCUUCUAUUAUAGGAGAGGAUGGUAAGCGGACUGUGAUUCCAUUGGACCCUCCAGUUGGUAGCAAGCCUGGGGACCGCGUCGUGGUGGAGGGGUAUGGGCAUGACGUCAUAGGUGCGCCAGAUGAACAACUAAACCCCAAGAAGAAAGUAUUCGAGACACUCAAGCCCGACCUGGUUGUGUCUAGCUCUGGUGUAGCCGAGUACAAAGGAAGUCCCUUUGUGACCAGUGUUGGCCAAAUCACAGCAAUGUUGAAAAACGCACAAAUCAGUUGAGACGAGCUGAAAGGCCUACUAAUAAUGCAGGCUUUUUUCUAUGAAUUAUAGUCUGGAACUUAAAGGGGACAGAUCACCCUUUAUCCAUGAUGCAUUGCUUUCGCUGCCAUUUUACUGUAGAAAGCAAUGCACUGUAUACUGAUAAGGGUGCGCUUGUUACCUCAAGACCCGUUUUCCUGUUUGAAUAGUGCUAGCAUCGUCCGAAAUUGCUUGGUUGACCACAAAAUAAAAGCAAAUUUUGGCAAG